AUGGCGGGGCUCUUUUGGAGUUUUCUGUUCUGUUUCACAGUCUCAGUUUCCUGCACCGCAGAAACCGUCGCCCCCGCUUCUCCCGUCCAACUUGUCUACCAGUAUCAAGAUGCGGUAUGGGUCGAAAACUUCGCCGUGCGUCCGAACGGCUGGAUUCUACCUGCUACCGCCACAUCCGCUAUCCUCACGCAGUUAAAUCCUGCGAACGGACAACAGCAAACAAUUCAUGACUGGAGCGCGGUAGGAAGUUCCAUCAUGAGCAUUACCGAUAUUCAGCCCGACCUGUUCUUAGCCAACACGAUGUACUGCGACAUGUCUCUUUUAGCUUGUACGCCUGGAACUGGGAUCACAUGGCUGGUCGACCUACGAAACGCUGGUUCUCCAUGCAUUACACAGCUUGCUACAGGCCCUAACAAUGCGAGUCUUUUGAACGGGGUUGCAACACUGAAUGACCGGGUUGUGCUUAUGGUAGAUCAAAAUCUUGGCGGCAUUUGGGGAGUUGAUGUUGUCCACGGUGGUGCUCAACUACUUUUCACCGACCCGAAAAUGAUGGAUCCAAACUCAACAGGGAGCGGCGUCAACGGAAUUCGCGUGGUAGGCAGCACCUUGUACUACAACAACCCCAGCAUUGGGACUUUUGGUCGCGUGCAGGUCGACCCUUCCACUGGACACAAAGUCGGACCAGUGACAGUAAUAAGCACUGGGCUUGAUUGUGACGACUUCGAGAUUGACGACCAACAACGGUUUGCCUAUAUUACCAAUCAGCCUGAUGAACUCCUCAAGAUUGAUUUGAAGACUGGCCUCUACACCGUUUUCGCCACCGGUAUGCCGGGACCGACAUCAGCCAGGUGGAUCAGCAAAAGCGAACGCGGAAAAAUUCUCGGGAUCUGGCGCAUGGAGGGUCCCAAAAGGGUCCCCCUCGCCAGGGGCAGGGGGGACGGGACGAUCGAAGAUUACGAGGAUGACCGAGACAAGGCAGAAUUUGGAUUGAAAUGCAAGGAGUCCUGA